AAAGGAAUAGACGAACGCAGGGCUAAAGUCGCCUUUUUUCCUUUUUCCAGCCCUACCUCGACAUCUCGCGCCAUGGCAGUUCCCGAGACCCGUCCCAAUCAUACUAUCUAUAUCAACAACCUCAACGAGAAGAUCAAGAAGGAUGAGCUGAAGAAGUCCCUUUACGCCAUCUUCUCCCAGUUUGGCCAGAUCCUAGAUAUUCUGGUAUCGAGGAGCCUGAAGAUGAGGGGCCAGGCCUUUGUCAUCUUCAAAGAGGUCAGCAGCGCCACCAACGCCCUGCGCUCCAUGCAAGGCUUCCCCUUCUACGACAAGCCCAUGAGAAUCCAGUAUGCCAAGACGGACUCUGAUAUUAUCGCCAAGAUGAAGGGCACCUUUGUGGAGCGGGACCGCAAGCGGGAGAAGAGGAAGCCCAAGAGCCAGGAGACCCCGGCUGCCAAGAAGGCCGUGCAGGGUGGGGCGGCCACCCCUGUUGUGGGGGCCGUCCAGGGGCCCGUGCCGGGUAUGCCUCCUAUGACGCAGGCGCCCCGCAUCAUGCACCACAUCCCGGGCCAGCCUCCCUACAUGCCGCCCCCUGGCAUGAUCCCACCACCAGGCCUCGCACCUGGACAGAUCCCGCCCGGGGCCAUGCCCCCUCAGCAGCUCAUGCCGGGUCAGAUGCCACCUGCGCAGCCUCUUUCAGAAAACCCACCAAACCACAUCUUGUUCCUCACUAACCUGCCAGAAGAGACCAACGAACUCAUGCUGUCCAUGCUUUUUAACCAGUUCCCUGGCUUCAAGGAGGUGCGGCUGGUGCCCGGGCGGCAUGACAUUGCCUUUGUGGAGUUUGACAAUGAGGUGCAGGCUGGGGCUGCCCGUGAUGCCCUACAGGGCUUCAAGAUCACCCAGAACAAUGCUAUGAAGAUAUCCUUCGCCAAGAAAUAGCACCUUUCCCCCAUGUCUUCCCCUGGCCCUGUUUCUGGGUUGCCCUCCCCGCCCCCUUGGCUUACCCCCUUGAAGGUAAGUCCCCCUCAGGGGCCUUCUUUGAUCCGUGUGUGAGUGAAUGGUCGCCACACAGCAUUGUACCCAGAGUCUGUCCCCAGACAUUGCACCUGGCGCUGUAGGCUGGAAUUAAAGUGUUUUUUUGUGUUUUGGGUUUU